GCCGCCGCCGCCUCUGCCAGCCGCGCGGACCGAGAGAGCCCGGUCGCCGCCGCCUGCACGGCCCGCGUGCUGGGGCUGCGGUGCGCCAGGAUGUCGGGCUUCCUGGAGGAGCUGCUCGGUGAGAAGCUGGUGACCGGCGGUGGCGAGGAGGUGGACGUGCACUCGCUGAGCGCCCGCGGCAUCUCGCUGCUCGGGCUUUACUUCGGCUGCAGCCUGAGCGCCCCCUGCGCGCAGCUCAGCGCCAGCCUGGCCGCUUUCUACGGCCGCCUGCGGGGGGACGCAGCGGCCGGGCCGGGGGCCGGGGCCGGGCCGGGGCCCGGGGCUGGGGCUGCCGCGGAGCCGGAGCCGCGGCGCCGCCUGGAGAUCGUCUUCGUGUCCUCGGACCAGGACCAGCGGCAGUGGCAGGACUUCGUGCGGGACAUGCCGUGGCUGGCGCUGCCCUACAAGGAGAAGCACAGGAAGCUAAAACUUUGGAACAAAUAUCGAAUUUCCAACAUUCCAUCGCUGAUAUUCCUAGAUGCCACUACCGGGAAGGUCGUGUGCAGGAAUGGGCUGCUGGUGAUCCGUGAUGACCCGGAAGGUCUGGAAUUCCCUUGGGGACCUAAACCCUUCCGGGAGGUCAUUGCAGGGCCCUUGCUGAGGAAUAACGGGCAGUCCCUGGAGAGCAGCAGCCUGGAGGGGUCCCAUGUGGGAGUCUAUUUCUCCGCACACUGGUGCCCCCCCUGCCGAAGCCUCACCCGGGUCCUGGUGGAAUCCUACCGGAAGAUCAAGGAGGCAGGCCAGAAGUUUGAGAUCAUCUUUGUUAGCGCAGACAGGUCAGAGGACUCGUUCAAACAGUACUUCAGCGAGAUGCCCUGGCUCGCUGUCCCCUACACCGAUGAGGCCCGGCGGUCGCGCCUCAACCGGCUGUAUGGAAUCCAAGGCAUCCCCACCCUCAUCGUGCUGGACCCGCAGGGGGAGGUGAUCACGCGACAGGGGCGGGUAGAGGUGCUGAACGACGAGGACUGCAGGGAGUUCCCCUGGCACCCCAAGCCUGUGCUGGAGCUGUCCGACUCCAACGCCGUGCAGCUCAACGAGGGCCCCUGCCUCGUCCUUUUUGUAGAUUCUGAGGAUGAUGGGGAGUCUGAGGCAGCCAAGCAGCUGAUCCAGCCAAUAGCCGAGAAGAUCAUUGCCAAGUACAAAGCCAAAGAGGAGGAGGCGCCACUUCUGUUCUUUGUGGCAGGAGAGGACGACAUGACUGACUCCCUGCGAGAUUACACCAACCUGCCCGAGGCUGCUCCUUUGCUCACCAUACUGGACAUGUCUGCCCGGGCCAAGUACGUGAUGGACGUGGAGGAGAUCACCCCUGCCAUUGUGGAGGCCUUUGUGAAUGACUUCCUAGCAGAAAAGCUCAAACCAGAGCCCAUCUAGGGGAGCUCCGGCCGCAUGAGACAUUAUUUAAAACUCGGUCUUCUCCUCCUCCUCCCCUUCCUUCCUUCCGCCCAUGGACUUUCCCAGCGUGUCCUGAAUCACACAGCUCAAGUGUCCAACCUCUCUGUGGUGCCUUGUUUUCUGCAUUAACUCCUCAGCUAGCACCCCAGGGUGCGCGUCCUCUCAGCAGCAGAAGAACCCACCAUGUUUGGAGACUCUGCUUGGGAUUCCCGGGGUUGCCGUAGCCCAGCCAGAGCUGGGGCUGCGCCUCUGUCUCAAUCCCCCGCUCUCGGGGAAGUGUUCGCCAGGGUGUCCUGCCGAGCGAGCGUGAAGGGACCGUUCCUCAGUGCUCUGGCAGCUCAGUGACACGGGCGGAGCAGGGGAAGGGCCGCCGCCUCGUGAGGCCUCAGCUUAAAGCUUCUGGUGAGAAAUCCUUUUCUAGGUGAUUUAGUCUGUCUUGGUCUGAGGAGGAAACUCUAGUUUGUCAGUUGAUUCUUGGGCAGGGGAUCUCAGAUCUCAAAGGAAGUUUGUGUUCUUUUCUGGUGAGAAAAAAGAAAUAGCUACAGCAAUGAUUCAUGGAGUAAUUGCUUCCUUUGAUUGAGCUGCUACCAUGGGAUAAGAGCUUCUCAUUCCUUCCUUAUCUCUUUCUUCCUUGAUCUUGACCUUCUCUAAGUUUCUGCCUUCUCAUGUGAACAGCCCCUCCUAGCUCAGAAUUUCGUUAAUAAAUUCUUCCCCUUGGACAUCUUCCCAAGAAGAUGCACUUGGCCGUGGUUCUUAAAGGAGCACCGCCUCUUGCCAGCACAGACCUGACUGAGCCCAGCUCCGGGCCUGGGACUGCCAGAGCUUGCUGAGUGUUUGGGCCCCUCUUUGGAUCCUCGUCAUUCCCUUUUCUUUUCAAAGCAGAACUGAAAAAGAGACAAAUUACCAGAAGCCUGGCUUUUUCCUAAGAACCUGCAGAAAGAGCUGUGCCCUGGGGUGGCGGGGAGGGCAGAGGACACCUUGAUGGAGAGGAGGCCUCGGAUCCACUUUGCCUGGUAGCUCAGCUCCUUAUUUGGGCUGAACUGAGCACAAAAAGGAGAGUAAUGUCUGUGUUCUUGGGAGUUGGAAAGGAGGGCUUUACCUGGGGACGUGCAGGUGUCUGCCUCUCUCCACCAGGAGGCAUCAGGGUCUUGAAAGCAACCCCAGGCCUUACCCUUGGCUCCACUCUCAGCCAGCCAAGACCUUUCAUUUGGAAAACCUAGCCCCCCCCCCCCCCCCCCCCCAUUUAGCUGUAACACUCUUGCUCUGGCCAGAACUGGAUCGUUGAUUUGUAGGUCAGAGGUACAAAAUUACCUUGGUAAUUUGGGGUCUUGAUAAUCAGACUGUUACUUGAUGUCACCAGCCUGAAAAUGCAGUCUCCUCGUAAAUAAAGCAGGCAUCUCUGGACGUUAUCAACCAUUUGGCCUUUCCUGUCCUUAAUAACAAAAAUCUUCUUGCUCGUAGUGCUGUGCCCUCUUAGGAGGUGGGCAGUGGGGGAUGGGACACAGGAGGUCCUCUUGAUUGUCACUGGAUACCUGGUAGCUGUGUGUCAGAAUUGUCGAGAACCCUGAGACCCACCUCAGCCAUCUGUGAAAUCCUCCGGAGGUCGGGAACUCGUUUGGAUCAGAGUGACAGAGGCAGGUCCCUGCUGGAGUUCUGGCUGCCCUCUCUCCUGGCUGGACUCACCACUGCAGGUGGCAGACUCUCAGAUUAGACAUCCUGGUGGACACGCAUGCUCGUUCCCUCCCUGUCAGGGGGCAGGUGCUCUGAAGUCAGAGAAGUGCGGGUGGGGAAAUGCAGGGCCCCUGCCUGUGUCUCCCUGCGAAGAGUGGGGCAGGAGUUGGAGACCCUCAAACCACCUCUGUCUCAGGGCCAGGGGCUUCCCUGGGAACCUGCCAGUGUCUCCCUUGGGGGCUAGCUAGGGUGGGGACAAGUAGAGGUUCACCUUGAUAGGAAGAUGGGCGGGAUUGCUGUCUGUCCCCUGUAUCAUGAUGACCUUGGUAGAAAGGAGGUCUCACAGCGGCUACUUCUGGGGUGGAAGGAGCAAAGUCCAGUGAGGAGUCCCCGUAAGUCACUGGAACAGAAAAAGUAGUUCAUCUGUGCUCCUUCUGUGGCCCAUACAGGGCUGACUGAACUGCCUGCCUCUGAUGUCAGCCAGACCCUGGACAGGAGGCUGCCCCCAUUAGAGCGGGUGUGCGGGUCAGUCAAGAUCACCGAGACGGCUGGGAAGGUGUGUUAGGUUCGUAUGGUGGCGACUUGGGGGUGGGGGGAAUGCUGGGGGAGGCACACCAGUGCCAGUGGAAUGUCCGUCUUGACAGUGCUCGAGACCUUAAAGGUGAUCGAUCGAUGCAGGCAAAGUGGGUGGCUUCUUAAUUUCUACUAAGCACCUCCAAAAUACUUCAAAAUUCUUGUCGCUAAUUGGAAGCAGGCUACCCCGCCAGCUGCCUGGGAGCUGCUGGGUACUCGAGGGUUUCUGACAGCAGCCGAGGAAACGGUGCCCUGCAGGCUGAGGCAGGACGGUGGCUGUAAAAAUGCCACCCUGGGGCUCCAGGUCUGUGUUUGCCACAACGACUUCCAGAUUUGCUUCUCCGGUUUUCACAACAGAGAUGAGAUGAGUUUUUUUUACCUGUCCCCAACAAUAAAGAUCUGCUUAAGAUAAAAGGUACGUUUGGGAUUGGUGUUGCAAUGUGAAGCUGCAAAUGCCAGAGGGCAGCUGUUAACCAGCUUCCUCUGCCUCCCCUCCAUGUGGGUCCUGGACAUUAAUGGUGCAGGGAGCCAGUACUGCUCUUCUGGCAUCAGCCAAGCUCCAAGUGGUAAUUUUCAGCCAGACUUUGUUUUUUCCUGUUGCCUAAUUAAAGACACUGAAAAGCUG